CAAGGGCCAAGGCCAAGCCCGUUUCUCCAGUUCCUUCGUCACCCGCGCGUCAACCUCCGCAUCCUCGAUUCCCCAUUCGCCGUGCCUCGCCGAUCCCCACAGCCACCGCCAUGCCGGCAGCCGCCGCGCCCGCGCCCGCGCCGCCGGCGCCGAGCCUGGACGCGCGCACCGGUGGCCGCGUCCUGCGCCGAGCGAUGGGGCACCUCCUUCACCCGGCCUCGCUCCCCCCGCUCCUCCUCGCCGCGCUCCUGCUACUCCUCUUCCGGUCGGCCCUCUUCGCCGGCACGCUACGCCUCUCCUCCUUUGCCGACCGCGAUCCCGCCCUCCGCUCCCUUCUCCUCCGCCUCUCCCCUCCCGCCCCGCCCUCACCGCCGCCUCCCCAGCACAACCUCCCCCGCCGGCGCUCCCCCUUUACCUCCUCAUCCUCCCUCUCCGACGACGACUUUCUCGUUGGAGCCCUCGACCCGGCCUCCUCGCCCGCCUCCAGCGCCCGCAACUCCUCCUACCACAGCGUCUUCUUCACCUCCUUCUCCACCCCCACCCCCAAACCCUACCACAUACCCCUCGCCCAGCAGCUCCCCGCAUCCGGCUCCCCCUUCUUCCUCGCCGUCCACAACGAGACCUCCUCGAGGAAGCCUGCCUCGCCCCGGGGUGGCGAGCUCAGGCUGCUCGACCUGACAAGGAGGGACGCUGCGGCCAUCAUCAACCUCCUCGCCCUGCUCUCGGCCGCACAUGUUCUGGCCAUCCUCGGGUACAUCACCGUGCACUCAAUUGCUCUCGGCACGGUCUUCGCGUCUGUAGCAGGGCACCACCUGCCUGAACGGCGGCGAGGGUUCUUCCUCUCCGGUGUCGCCAUGGGCACCAGGCGGCUCACUGGCUUCGCACUCCUGCGGUGGGCGACUCGGGAUGCGGUCGUGCAGAUGCUCUGCCUCUGGUUCUUUGCUGAUGUGCACGACCAGGCGCAGCUCUUUAGGCUCUUUGUUGUCGCCAAGCUCAUGCCUUUCUCCGCAUCUGCCAACCCGUGGCUUGCUGCAGCCGUUUCUGGCCCAGAGCUCGAUGGCUUCUUCAUUGCGUGGGCUCUUCUGGAUGCAGUUGUCUCCGUGUUGUUCACGGUGGUGCCAUGGGUGGUCGCCAUGGAUCGUGAUCCGCGCCCGCCUGGCCGCAAUGCUGUCAAGGAAGGUUGCUACCUUGUUUCGCUCAUGGCAACCGAUGCCACAUUGAUCAAGUGCUGGGAGACAGUGGUGUGUGGCAGUAUGGGGCGGCUCAUUAUGGUGACAUUUGGUGGCAAAGUUCUUGGCGGCUUCCUCCACUCGUUUGCCGAGGUGUACUUCAUGGUGGUGUGGCUCAUGUUCUACUUCACGGCAAGGUGCAAGGAGUCCCGAUUGGGUGGUCGUCAGUUUGGACUGGAGGAUGUGGCAGCUGCUCUCAGUUGAUUCUUACAAGGAAGAGCUGACAUAGCCGCAUCACUGUUUGGCAUGGAGGCAAAACCUGCUUGUCAACGCAUGAAGAAAGAUAUCCAUAUCAAACAUAAGACGGGCAUCUGUCAACUGCUGAGAACUAUACUGCAUACUGAAAAGUAAAUACUUGGUUCUUUGCAAUCUCAGUAUUUACUCAAAAGUCAAUACUUGUUCUUUGCCAUGUCAAUAGUUCAUGCUACUGGAGUAACUGAGCGUUUCAUGGUUGUUUGUUCGCUGAUGAAAGUUUGCGAUGCUUCAAUGGUGUUACACCCUCAUGCACAAAUUGUAUUUCAUAUCAAGGUGUUCAAAGUUUGUAUGGAUCUUCUGCAUACUUGUGUCAUUAUAAUUUAUAUGCAAAGAAUAGCAAAUGUUCGUAGCUUGCCAUGUGCAAAGUCAUAUACAUUGCUGCAUCAUGUUCUUUCUGUGCUCUUGUGAGCAAGGCAGUAGACUAUGAGUUUUAUGGUGGAAAAAAAGCACUGAUGUUAGUUUGCUGCUGGUGUA